UAACGAGAACCAAACCAUACUUUGGUUUAUUUUAUAUGUAUAUAAAAGGGCUACCGCUAUCAUAGUUACAGCUAAGUAAUGGUCAGGCCUUUGGCUAUCUCUCCCUCUCUUCUACGCUCCUUAAACCGCUAAAGUUCCAGCCAUGGAGACAUUGAUGAGAUCUCUGCUAACUUUAACACUCUUCACUCUUCUAUUAUCUCACAUUUCAGUUGAGGUAUCAGCAACAACUAUAACACUCUACAAGUGCCCUCACCCAGUGCGGCCAGGGAUCCAACCAAGCGCUGGAAAGCCUCUUUUAGCCCGCGGUGGCUUCAAGCUUCCACCCAACAAGGCCUACUCUAUGAGUCUCCUUCCCCUCUGGUCAGGUCGUUUCUGGGGUCGCCAUGGCUGCUCCUUUGAUGCCUCUGGACGCGGUCGCUGUGCCACAGGGGACUGCGGAGGCUCCCUCUUCCGUAAUGGGCUUGGCAGCACCCCUCCUGCCACCCUAGCGGAAAUCACCAUCGGUAAAGAGCUAGAUUUCUACAACAUCAGCUUGGUGGAUGGGUACAACAUUGCCAUGUCUAUAACUCCUUUCAAAGGGUCAGGCAAAUGCAGCAAUGCAGGAUGCGUCAAUGACUUGAACUUGAUGUGCCCCGUUGGUUUACAAGUGAGAUCAAGGGAUAACAAGAGAGUGGUGGCCUGCAAAAGUGCUUGCUUUGCUUUCAACUCGCCAAGGAAUUGCUGCACUGGGGCUUUUGGGACUCCUCCAUCUCGCAAUCCAACCGCAUAUUCAAAGAUUUUCAAGGCUGCUUGCCCAAAAGCGUAUUCUUAUGCUUACGAUGAGCGCACUAGCAUUGCCACUUGCUCCCGCGGUAGCUAUUUGGUUGCUCUCUGCCCCACCACGCUAGAUUUUAGGCUAAUCGGUCCAUAAUCCGUUGUUAUUUUAUGUAAUUAUAUAAUUAGCAUGAAAUUUGGUGGUAAUAUCUACUUCUGUCCUCUCUAAUCUCUAUCAUAUACUAUAUUGCAUGGUCUGUUGUGGGCUUUUUGUUAAUAGAAAAUUUAUGUUAUAUCAUAUUGGCUAUGGCAGUACUCGUGUGGCGAAUUUGUUUGUUUUCUGCUUAGAUCUACACAGAUAAUUAGAGAUGUGAAUGGAGAACCUGGGCAGUUUUGGCCGUUGGGGAGUGGGGACGUGGGGUCCUACCCCCUAUACUCUUGAGUAGGUGACCUGUGUUUUGUGGAUGAAAUGAAAUUGAAUUGACGUGGAAAGCUAGCUUCUGAAAAGUUCAAAAGAAGGCAAUGAAAUCGUCGAUGCAAAACUACUCCACUUGUAGUAAAUUAUGCAUUAAUCAACAUU